AUGAUCUAUGCACUUCUUUUUCAAUGUCUCUUUCUUUUUCUCUUCCUUUUGUUUUCUUUCUUUUUUUUCUCUUGCGUAUUACAAUUCUAUUAUGCUGUAUUUCUUUCUUUCUUUCUUUCUUUCUUUCUUUCUUUCUUUCGCCUGAUCACCGUAGUCUUCCUCCCCUUCUCAAAUAUGCUUUUCUUUCUUUCUUUUUCUUUCUUUCUUUCUUUCUUUUUUCUUUCUUUUUUCUUUGAUCACCGUUUUUUCUUUCUUUUCUUUCUUUCGCCUGAUCACCCUAAGUCUUUCUCCCUUCUCAAAUAUGCUUUUCUUUUUCUUUCUUUUUUCUUUCUUUUCUUUCUUUUCUUUCUUUCUUUCUUUCUUUCUUUCUUUCUUUCUUUCGCCGUGAUUCCUUUCUUUCUAGUCUUCCUUUCCUUCUCAAAUUUGCUUUUUUCUUUCUUUCUUUUUCUUUCUUUCUUUCUUUCUUUCUUUCUUUCUUUCUUUCUUUCUUUGUUCGCACUUUAUUUCCUCUUUUCUUUCUUUCUUACUUAUUUUCACUUCCCGUUUUCUUUCUUUUUUCUCUCAUCUUUUACAAUUUUACAUUUUCUUUCUUUUCUUUUUCUUUCUUUCUUUCUUUUACCAUCAAAUUUAAUUAUUUUAUUUUUCUCUUAUUUAUUACAAUUUUUCUUUUUUUUCUUUUUCUUUACUUUUUCUUCUUUUCUUAACAUAUUCUCAAUCUUUUUCUUUCUUUCUAUACGUUUUUUGUUUUCUUUCUUUUUUUUCUUUCUUUCUUUCUUUCUUUCUUUCUUUUGA